AUUUUUGGGAAUAUACUUGCAGAUGGGUUUGGUUCAGAUGCCAAAUGUACGGUGCUACUGGGAAAGCGGUACACGAUACACCCCGAUCUGUGAUGUCAUGUCGAGGAAUAGGUUUGAGAGACUAAUGCAGUGCAUUCAUUUUGUCAACAAUUGCGACGUUGCCCAGGAAGACAAGAAUGACAAGGUAUGGAAACUCCGCCCCUGGAUUUCAAGCUUGCAAUGCAACUUUGCACAGGUCGAGCAAGAGGAGCUGAAUUCUGUUGAUGAGAUUAUGGUAGCUUUCACGGGAAGAAGCAAUCUAAAGCAGUACCUCCCCAACAAACCAACCCCUUGGGGCUUCAAACUUUGGGGACGUGCCGGAACAACGGGGAUCCUAUACCAAUUUGAGGUGUACCAGGGACAAAGUAAAAAGAAGUAUGAACACGGUCUUGGAGGCGGCACAGUCUUACAAAUGUGUUCACUUAUUCCAGAAAACAAAAACUUCAAAGUUGCAGCGGACAACUUUUUCAGCAGCAUUGACUUGGCGGCUGAGCUGCAAAAGAAAGGCAUUUAUUACGUAGGAACAUUGCGUCAAAACCGACUGCAAGACUGCAAACUCAUGACCGAGUAGGAGCUCAGAAAAGAAGGAAGAGGUUCUUUCGACUACCGUGUCAACACUGCAAGGUCCAUCGCCAUUGUGAGAUGGUAUGACAGUCGCGCUGUUUCACUCGUGUCUAACUACUUGUCUGUCGAACCUGUUGAAACCGUGAGGCGAUGUGACAGAAAAUAGAAAAAACUUAUCGAGAUCUCUCGCCCUCACAUCGUUGGAGCAUACAACAGCUUUAUGGGCGGAAUCGAUCUUCAUAAUUAUCUGGUUUCUUUGUACAAGUACUGCAUCAAGUCACGAAGGUGGUACUUGUACAUCUUCUACCACACAGUCAUGAUCGCGGUAGUGAAUGCGUGGAAUUUGCACAGACGGCACUCUAAGCAACUUCACAUGAAGCCGGUGAAGCUUCGCGUGUUCAUUGCUGACGUGGCGGACAGUCUGUUGAAGGCAGAGAAAAAUGUGAGAGGCAGACCAUCAUCUCUACCAUGCCCCACACCCAAACGAAGGAAACGCGCAGGCGAAAGCAGAACUCCGGAGAUUGAUGUCCGCAAGGAUGGUGUAGGUCACUUUCCUUUGGUGUCUGAGAAGAGGCAGCGAUGCAAGAACUGCUCACCUCAUGACAAGUUCAGUUUCGUUGCAUGCUGCAAGUGUAAUGUCUAUCUGUGCCUCAACAAAGAACGCAACUGCUUUUACGAUUUUCAUAAAUAGAGUUCGCCUACUGCCCAGUGUAUCAUAUUUGAUACAUUGAGUAUUUUUAAAAUCUGAAAAUGAAACUCAGAUUUUUUUGCAUUUCUAAUCUGUAAGACCCAGAAGCAGCCAAAUAAUAAAGUUUCUCAAUU